GCACUACGUCAUCGGAAAAACGGGAAAGGAAGGGAUAUGAUGCCUCUCUGGACUGUUUUUGCAUAGACACUUCAACUGUCUAGCAUUGAAGACAAGAGCUGGACAUGCCAAGGUUUAUCUGUCAUGGACACAAAUGUGAUACCCAAGUUUUCCUCCAAAGAUGAGGAAAUUGACUUUUGGAAGGCACUUUCUCUGAAGUACAAGAAAAGCUGUAAGGAGGCACAGGAGGAGCUUCUGGAGUUUCAGGAGGGCAGUCGUGAGUUGGAAGCUGAGCUGGAGACUCAGCUGGGCCAGGCUGAAAACCGCCUCAGAGACCUGCAGGCAGACAACCAGAGACUGCAGCACGAACUUGACACGCUAAAGGAGAAGUUGGAACAGCAGUAUGCUCAGAGUUAUAAGCAAAUCUCAAUGCUGGAGGAUGACCUGGGCCAGACCCGGAGCAUUAAGGAGCAACUGCUCAAAUAUGUCAGAGAGCUGGAGCAGGCCAACGAUGACUUGGAGAGAGCCAAGAGAGCUACAAUUACUUCUCUGGAGGAUUUUGAGCAGAGACUGAACCAGGCCAUAGAGAGGAAUGCCUUUCUGGAGAGUGAACUGGAUGAAAAGGAGUCUCUCCUGGUGUCUGUGCAGAGAUUAAAGGAUGAGGCUAGAGACCUGCGGCAGGAGCUUGCUGUGCGUGAGAGACAGCCUGAUGUAACUCGGAUGUCUGCUCCCAGCUCUCCCACUCCAGACAAUGAGAAAAUGGACUCUGCUGUACAGGCCUCGCUCUCCCUGCCUGCUACACCGCUUAGCCAGAGCCUGGACAAUGCUUUCAGCAACCAAAAAGCAUUGGCCAACGGCUGUAAUAGUUCAGCCCUGACUCCAGCUGCCAGAAUAUCAGCUCUCAAUAUUGUAGGUGAUUUACUACGCAAAGUCGGGGCUUUAGAGUCUAAGCUUGCAGCUUGUAGAAAUUUUGCUAAAGACCAGGCAGCUAGAAAGAACUAUGUCAUCAAUGCUAAUGGAAACCUGAUAAAUGGGGACAUCACGCAGUAUUCUCACUCGCUGCACACGUCAUACUUCGACAAAGCAAGAGAGAGGGUCAUUUUCCCUGCAUUGCUCCUCGGAGGACGGUAAAUGGGCUGGACCCUGGUGCCGUGACGAACAUCACUCCUCCGUGUGCCGCCUCUCCAUCCGGCCUCGUUCCCUUCAGUGUGUGAUGGUCUCACAUGCACGCUGACUCGCACAUAGUGAAACAUACUUCCCUCAGUCACUUGCACACAAACGAAUCUUCCAAAACACUAUUAAGAACCAUCAGACUACACUACCUACCCUGUCCAAAGGUGUCUAGAUUGUACUUGUGUCCAGUGGGGGGGGCAGUGAAAAGAUCUAUUGGCUGCAGUAGGGCUGCAACAGGGUUCACUAUGCAACCAGUGGCAGUCUAACAGUAGCACCACAGUCUGUCUAAAAUUCUGCGUUUUAUCUGGACAGGGUCUGGACUCCUGCAGUCUUUCUUGACUUGUACAUGUUAAUAGUUUAUUAUGUGUUUGUACAUUUAAUAUUUGUUUAAUGUUUGUACAUAGAUAAGAGCGCAUAAGUGUAUUGAAUAUUUAACUGACCCCUCUGUAUUAUUUACUAUUCUUUUUUCCAUUAGAAAAUGAGCAAGUAUUGCAAAAAUGUAUGUAUUUAUUAUUAAACCUGUGGAUGAAAUAAUUUGUGAUGCUCACAAAAAGGGAACCCAGCCCACAUUCAGAGUAUCCUUAUCUAUACCAGACUUUGCUAUGGAUAUAAAGGCUAGUGAGGGAAAACCCUUGUUUACCCUUGAGUUAGCUUCUUAGCCCACAAGUCUAGUAUAAUUGUAUACACCUCUACAGAAAGACAAACAUAUAAGCUUAACCACCAAUGAAGGAGUUAUUGUGCAAUGAGAAUUACAUACUUGUAUGCACAUGCACUUGUUGUGGCUUUCUUUGACCUCUGAGGCCAACAGGUACUUGAUCCAACCCUAGACAGACAGCUAAGCAUUUUUCUGGCGGCCACAUGCAGGGGACAGCUCACGCGACGUCUAUUCUGUCUACUCAAUGUGCUCCUUGUUUAUCUGUGUCACUAAACACGUGAGCAUGUGUGAAGUUGUAACCGUUCCAAUGUUUGAGAGUGCACUUGUUGAAAAUAUGAUGUUACAAGCUGCAGUGUUAGAAUUUGAGCAGAAUGUUGGUUAUAUUCAUAGUUAUACUGACAACCACCCAUAUGUCUAAACUCCUAUGGUCACUUUAUUAUAAAUGUGUUUGGUCCAAGUUUCUAAUUGAUUGAAAUGAAGGAUAAAGUUUAUUGUUAAAGCACUUGUGUAAUACUGUAUUUCAUUUGCUCCCCAAAUAAAAGAAUGGCAACUGAAUGGCAA